AAAUGUUCUACUUGUUACAGUACUGUACAGAUUUAGGAUUUCAAUUUCUGUCUUAGCACGCAUGCGUUACUUACAAUUUAGUUUCGUUAGGUCAAGUUCGUAUAUUUUGUGUGUUUUCCAACAUCGAGUCUACAGUUUUCGAUUUAAUUGCGUGUUAAUUAAAUUAUCCGGUAGCCGAUUUUUUUUUCUAAAUUCGUCGUAUACCGUUAAAUUCAAUCAUGGCUGAUAAAGGUGAUAGGGGUCGUGAUAGUCCUGUACAAGGAACAGAUCAAGAUGAAAGACGCAGACGUUCUGAGACACCGUUGUAUCAAAUGUUUCCGAAAGAGAAAGCUAAAUUUACAGCUCAAGAAGCACUAAACUUAAGACCUCUAGAAUACCAGAGACCCCUAACUAGAAGUGAUAUUAUGUUAAAGAAUAUAAAUCCUGAUGUUGACCCCCGAACUCAAUCUCCUCUGAAAAUGUUCUUUGAUGAAGAUCCUAACUAUAGACCUCCAUGUAGUUCUCAACCUGAAUCUGAAACUGAAUCUGAAUUUGAAUCUCGACAUGGAUCUAGAUCACAACCUCAAUCUCAACCUCAACCUCAGUAUCCAUAUCCACGUCAAUCUCAACCUCAAUCUCAGUAUCCAUCUUCAUAUCAACCUGGACAUCCAAGUGAUGGUCCUUCGAGGAAAGUUAAGUUUUCACCAGGGACAUUUAAGGAAAGACCACUAUCAGUACCACAAGAUCCACCAGUGGUAAUUUAUGAAACAUGAGACUAUAAAUUUAUUAAUCUCAGCAUGCUGGGUAAGAGAUUACCCAUUGGUACCCUAUGCUUUUGGCACAUGUUUUAUGUCAUCCUACUUUGUUUUUGGUAGAAAUUACAUAUUUUUGAAAUAUUCAUAAAAUUUUUUGAUACUUUCUACCUUGAUGUGAAUUAGUUUUAGGUAUGAAAUUAACUACAUUACAUGUUUAUGUCGAGAUAUGUUUAUAUAAUUCACAUAUUAAAUUUUAAACGUAAGGAGAUAAGACAGGAACUCAACCUUACAAUUGGUUUUUAGUUCUUUGAGAACAUGUACUUCAAUAAAUGAUAUAGUAUCCUGCUUGGUUUCCACAACAACUUUUUAUGAAGAAAUAUUAAUUUUUGUGAGUUAUUUCUAAGCAAUAAGUAUUGUUGACUGGGCAUUUAUAUAAUCUAUAACAAUACCAUUUUCCAGUUCUCUACUUUACUGAUCUUUAAAAUCAAGUCGAGCAUACGUGCUGAAAGAAAGAUGAUGCUAAUGCUUUUGAAGAAAAUUCUCACUGAUUCUUAGAAUCGUUAUUAGAAUCAAGAUGCUAUCCUACAAACAAGAAACAAAGAUGCUUCAAGAAGUGUUGAUGGCACAUGCAGGAGAUUCAUUCCCAUACAUAUAUCUAAUGUGAACAGAAAAGCAGUCUUUGUGAUUACAAAAUAAUUUCUGUUAUAUUUUCUAUAUGUAUUGUAUUAUUUUUAUUAGUAUAUGUUAUUGGUAUAUAUAAUAUUAAUGUAUAUAGCAUAUAGUAAUUAUAGUAAAUUGGGGAGAAACUCACUUCUAUUAGAAAUGUUUGCGAUAUUCACAUCCAGCAUGUCAAAACAAGUAGAAUGACAUAUAAUAUGUGCAGUAAAGUUCAAUCGCAUGUUGAAAGUAAUAUAUUGUUAAUUUAUAAUUUGUUUCUCAAGAACUUUUAAAUAUGUGCAUUUUUAAAGAAUAUAUAUAGGAAGUAUGUGUAUGUACUGUAUAGAUAUAGUACAUGUAUACUUUUUAAAAGUACAUAUAAAUGAAAUUCGAAUUUCAUUUGUUUUUUGUUUGUGUAGAGCAAGAUUUAUCCAAAGGUAAAAAGUAUAGAAAAGAUUAGUAGUGUGUAUUAUUGUUUAGUAAACGUUUUUUGUCAUGAUGUUAUUUUUAUAUUGUAUUCUUUUUCAGACAAAUUAUCCCAACAAUAUGACAUUUGUUGUAUUCUGUUUCAUUUUAUUUUUACAUUAUAAUAAAGAUCUAAACUGUUAUUUUGUUAUCAAAGAUGUGUUUUUAUCUUAUUUUAGGAUAUCACAAAAAGGCCCAUUAUCGAAAAGCCCAUUACCGAAAAGCCCAUUACCGAACGGUCUCAAGCAGAUAAUCCUAAAAAAAUGGAAGGUGCAAUUAAUAAAUUUUCUAUGGUGUUUUAUACAUUACUUUCAAAUAUAUUGAAGACGAU